AUGAGGUGGCAUGAGCUGUCCACUGGUAUAGCCGUGCGGAGGGCUAUCGAUACAUCUGAGGAUAGCAUCCAAUCUAAAGAGGCUGCUAGAAGGGCUGUUAAGGAUACUAUCAUCACAAGGAUUGUAUUACCAAUACCAGUACUACUUCUACCACCCCUUCUACAUCGUGGUGUCUGGACUCGUUUCGUACCAACAGCAGCUUUGCCUGGGACCAAAGCUAAUAUCAUAGGGAUGUCUAUCCUCUCCAUACUAUGCUUCGCCUUCGCCUUACCAGCAGCAGUAGCCUUGUUCCCCCAAGAAGGCGCAAUGAGGGUUGAUGAGCUAGAGGAUGAGGCCCAAAAGGAGGCCCUCUCUCGGUGGGGUCCUGCAGGAAUAACUCCAUCAUCUACUGUGGUCUACAAUAAAGGCAUCUGA